AUGCUGUCGCUCCCUCACCACACACCAGGAAACCUUGCACCGCACCGACCAGGCGAACCAGCGAAUACCCUAAAGAAUGCCAUCCAAGACGCACGGCAUGACAGAGACACCCAGCUACGCAACACCUCUCGAGUCUGGAAAAGCAAGCAAACCCAGUCCCAGUUGAAGCUCCCUCAGGAGAAAGAGUUGCAGAGGCAAAACAACCCACGACACACGCACGGCGACAAAACGGUUGCGAUAACAUCAUCCUUCUCCACACCGCUUCAGCCUGACCGGGCCACUCUACGCAUAACAACCAGUUACAACGGACGACUGCCAUUUCGACCUUUGCUGUCCCGCCCCUGUCGUUGUGUUGCGGUCCCUCUCCAUGACCCCUGUCGUGUCCAUCGUCACUCUCCACCACCCCCAGCAGCACUCAAGGCGCCCUCGCUCGCACACCACGCUCCCAAGCCCCCCCCCCCUCCCCGUCCUGCCUUUGCCGCAGACUCAAUCCUCGACUCCUACGACAUUAGGUGGGAGUCUGGCAAGGGCCCCAAUCCGAUCGACACCACAAAGCCUCCAAAGUCCAACCAAAAGGGCCAAAGAGGGCAUCCCAUUUGCAACUGGUCCUGA